GCGCAUGAUCACGCGUUCCGACUGCGCGCUCUCAAUACUGCCGAACGCGUUGUAUUACGGUGCCUAAUUUAACAUCAUAUAAAGAUUAAAAAUGUAACUCCGUAGAUGUGGACGACAGGAUUUAGUUCAAUUAAAGGUGAUGAUGCGAGGAUAAUCACUGCCAGUCAAAGACCUCUUCAGCACACUGGACAGCACUCAUCAACAAUGACCGAUACUUAACGGCGUUCGUUUUUACCAAAGCAGAAUGGAAAGAAGCAAAGAUGAGCCACCGAGGACCCAGAGGGAUAUCACGAACAAGAACUCACGACAAAUCAGCUGCUAUUGACUUUGGACAGAGACAUGAACUUAUUGGAUAUAUUUCUAGAGUUACUCAUCGUUGUCAUUGCUGUUGUGUCACUCGUGGCGAACUUGCUGGUGUUUGUAUGUUUCACCUGCAGCGCACAGGUUCGUGCACAGGUGCCAGGGAUCUUCAUCAUGAACCUUUCAUUCUGCAACAUCCUCAUCGCUGUACUAAACAUGCCUUCUACUCUACUUGGGGUCGUAAAACACCAAAAGCCUUUCGGCGACCACUUUUGUUAUACUGUGAGUUUUAUGGAUACUUUUCUCACUACCAACACAAUGUUAAGCAUGGCAGCUCUCAGCAUAGACCGCUGGAUAGCCGUGGUUUUUCCUUUGACUUAUUCCAGUAAAAUGAGACUCAAGAAUGCCGCACUAAUGGUCAGCUAUGCCUGGCUUCACUCGCUCGUGUUCUCUCUCAUUGCCCUCCUGCUAUCCUGGGUCGAUUAUAGUCCCGCGUACGCGUCAUGCACCGUGCACCUGGGAGACGAUGCUGAGAGCCGCGGUCACUUCAUGGUGUUCACCGCGGUGUUCCACGCGUGUACUUUCGCACUCUCGCUUUUCAUCCUAUGCGUUGCCUACCUGAAAGUGCUACAAGUGGCGCGCUUCCAUUGUAAGAGGAUAGAUGUUAUAACGGUGCAGACACUUUUACUACUUGUCGACAUUCAUCCAAGUGUGAAACAACGGUGCUUACUGGAGCAGAAGAAAAGGAGACAGAGGGCCACCAAGAAAAUCUGCAUAUUCAUCGGGUCGUUCGUCCUGUGCUUCGCCCCCUAUGUCAUAACACGACUGACUGAACUGGCUCCUUCAGUAAAAAUUGACCGUUAUUGGGGGAUCAUGAGCAAGUGCUUGGUGUACAGCAAAACUGCCUCUGACCCUUUUGUCUACUCCCUCUUGCGGCAACAAUAUAAGAAGGCCCUUUUUGGAGUGUGCAACAGGAUUUUGGGACGGAACUCAUACACACUUUCUGGUCACAGCACUCCCUCAGGCAUGGAAAAUGAAUGCUACUCACAAAGGGUUAACAAGCUGAUGGAGGAUAACUGUCACUAGAGCAGGUGAAAAUGUCAACUGACACCUUCAGAAAUAUUUGCUCUGCGGUGGGCUGGCUAUCCAGUGGCUAAUAACUGCUUAUCAUUUCUGAGAUAAUGGUGACAUUGUGUCAUUUCUGUCUGUUAAAAUCUUGGUAGGUCAAAAUGUUUGCCAAUCACUGGAUUUUUUUUAUUGAGUUCAGACCAUGAUGUUUUGCACUUAUCUGUUGUAAAUAUAUGACUUUUAUUCACAGCAUAGUAGUAUAAUGUGUAUUAUAAUGUACAUUCUAAAAUAAAAUUAUAGUAGAAAUGUAAGAAUUGUGAUUUCUAAGCUGUUUUCCUCAUGGGGACAAAAAAAUGUCCCUGCAAGGUCAAAAAUUACUGUGGGGACACUUGGUCCCCAUAAUGUAAAGAAUACUAGGAAGCCCUCUACAUUAAAUAGCAUGAAGACAAACCUACAUGUAUCAAAAAAAAAAUAUAUAUUCUGCCAAGUAGCCUUUGGCUGGGCUGCAAGGUCAUUAAAACUUGUCCUAAGGCCAUUCCAGUAUUGUCUUGGCAAGGUGUUGUAAUUCUGAAAGGUGAAAUUUAGCUUCUUUUUUUUUUUUUUUUUUUUUUUUUUUUUUUUGAUUCAGUAGUCUUUUCAUCAUCAUCAUCAUCAUCAUUUAUUGUGUAGAAGUUAUAUGUCUUGUAGAAGUAAAUUACAGUUGACAGUCACAAGAAAGAAAUAUGUUGAAACAUCAAUCAUACCAAGACCAGUAUUGGGAAGGUUACUUUGUAAAUGUAAUAGGUUACAGAUUACAAGUUAUCCUAUUUAAAAUGUAAUAAUUAGUGUAAGUAGUUUAUUAA